CGUUAAAUGUGACCUCGUAUCAUCAUGUAUGUUGCCGCUCAGCACUGCUGCUAACCACCCCUCCUCUCCACCUCUCUUUCUAGUUUCCAGUGAGCAGGUGCACCUGGAGCGGCCAUGGCGACCGCGGAGCAGCGCCAGCGUCACGCCGUGUUCUUCCCUUUCCCGGCGCAGGGCCAUGUGAAGGCGGCGCUCGGCCUGGCCCAGCUCCUCCACCGUUGCCAUGGCUUCCAGGUCACCUUCGUCCACACUGAGCACAACCGCCGCCGCCUCCUCCGGUCGCGCGGCCCCGGCGCUCUCGCGGGGGUCCCCGGGUUCCGCUUCGCCGCCGUCCCGGACGGCCUGCCCCCGUCCGAGGCGGACGCGUCGCAGGACAUGGGCGCCCUGCUGUCCACCACGGAGGCCCUGGUCCCGCACUUCAGGAGCCUCGUCUCCGGCCUGCUCCCGCCCGCAUCCUGCGUCAUCUCCGACGUUGAGCACGUCCUGCAUGCGUCCAAGAAGAUGGGCCUUCGCUGCGUCACCUUCUGGACGACGAGCGCGUUCGCCUUCAUGGCGUCCCAGCAAUUGCAGCGGCUCGUGGAUGCGGGCAUUGUCCCCCUCAAAGAGGCUGAGCAGCUGAGGAAUGGAUACCUGGACGACACGGUUGUGGACUGGGUGCCGGGGAUGCCCAGCGACAUCCGCCUCAGAGACUUCCCGAGCUUCAUCCGCACCACGGACCCCGACGACGCCAUACUCAAAAUCAUCCUGAACGCAAUGGCGUGCCACAGGACCACUCCGUCCGCCAUCAUCUUCCACACCUUCGACGAGAUCGACCGCGAGGCCAUGGCGGCCAUGUCCACCAUCCUGCCACCGACCUACGCCGUCGGGCCACUGCCGCUCCUCCUCGGCCAAGUCUCUGGCGGCGGCGUGGUCGACACACUAGAAUCAAACUUGUCAAGGGUGAACCACGCCUCCCUAGAGUGGCUGGAGGGCAAGCGGCCAGACUCGGUGCUGUACGUGAGCUUCGGGAGCAUAGCGACGCUCACGAGCAGCCAGCUGGUGGAGUUCGCGUGGGGUCUGGCCAACAGCAAGAAGGACUUCCUGUGGGUGAUCAGAGACGAUCUAGUGAGCGACGGCGACGGCCCUGCCGCCGCCGUGCUGCCACCGGAGUUCCUGGAGGAGACGAAGGCGAGGAGCCACGUGACGAGCUGGUGCCCGCAGGAGGCGGUGCUCCGGCACGAGGCCACGGGCGCGUUCCUGACGCAGUGCGGGUGGAACUCCGUCCUGGAGAGCCUCAGCGCCGGGGUGCUCAUGCUGUGCUGGCCCUUCGGCGCCGACCAGUACACGAACGCGAGGUACGUCUGCUCCGAGUGGCGCGUCGGCGUGGAGAUCGGCGGCGAUGUCAAGAGGGGCGAGGUGGAGGCGGCCGUCAAGGAGGUGAUGGGAGGAGACGGGGGAAAGGAGAUGAAGAGAAUGGCCAUGGAAUGGAAGGAGAAGGCUGCCAUGGCUGCACUGCCUGGUGGGCCAUCUUGGGUAAAUCUGGAGAAGGUGGUUAAUGAGGUGCUUGCUGUGCAACCUAGCAAGAUCAGUGAUACUACGGGAUUAUGAGCAGGCUCGUGCCUGGUCUACACCGGCAAUAAGUUCGAUGAAAGGGGAGCAUGCCAUGGCUGUGCUUUCGAUUCAUCUUUCUCCAAGAUUAAUCUCUUUGUCGAAACUUAAUGGGUUAGGUGAUCCAUUAUGUAGUAAGUACAAUAGUGAUCACCCAACUACACUCUUCAAUGUAGCAUGAUUCAUUUGGUAUUUGAAAGACCGAGCCGGCAUAUCAUCUUGAAAUUUA